GGGCCAUGAUAUUGCGCACAGUUGACAGAUGCGACCAGGCAUCUUCACACCAAACCGGCGCCUGCCACUAAUGCGCGGAAGCCUUAUGUUUGGAUUUUGAUCGAGCCGGAGGACAUGACACUCUAACUUUGAUCCCUCACCACACAACUACCCCUCCGGUCACGCAACUCGCAACGAUUCCAGAUCCUACUCCAAGCAACCCAAGAUCAUCAUGUCACAAACUGAGCUGCCUAUCGAAUCCUUGCCGAUAUGGGCUCGUUUCAAUAGUGUCAUCUUCGACGGCGCUCGCAUAUCUCAGGUCAAUGGGAAGGGCUUUGGUCUCGUGGCCGAGAGAUCCUUCCAACCUCCACCCGACAGGACCACGCCAACCCACCGCAUUGUCUCAGUUCCGGCGGAGCUGGUGUUGAAUGCAGAAGCAGUGGAUGAGUAUGCAAAGGAAGACCGGAGAUUCCGGGAACUCCUUGAUGCAGCAGGCGGUCAGGUAGAGAGCCCAACGCGUGUAACCCGACGAGACGGUCGGUAGCCUCGAGACACUGAAUGAUGCUGACGCGCAGCUGCAUCUCGGCUCAGUCCUCGAGGGGAGAUAUUCUUCUCUUUCUUCUAGUUCAGCUUGUUUUAGUAUGGAAGAGUGAAAAGAAUCAAGGGCUAUCGAAUCCAUGGACGCAAUACAUCAAGUACCUGCCUCGAGCAGUACCCUUACCUACUCUGUGGUCCGACGCUGAGCGUCUCCUCCUAAAUGGCACAUCACUUGAGACGGCGGUCCAAGCAAAGCUUCUCGCUUUGGAGAGGGAAUUUGACGACCUGAAGGAGAAGUCUUCAGCACUGGCGACAUGGAACGAGAUUCUGUGGGAGAACGGUCCUGUAAAGCUCCGGGACUGGGUCGUUCUGGACGCCUGGUAUCGUUCUAGAUGCAUGGAACUCCCCCGCGGAGGCUCAUCGAUGGUGCCAUGCAUAGACAUGAUCAACCAUUCUCGACAAUGGACGGCGUCGUAUACACAAAAUCCCGACGACGGCAGCGUCGAUCUGUGCCUGAGCCGCGACACCGAUGUCGCGGUCGGCACGGAAAUCACAAUCUCAUACGGUAACGAGAAGGCGCCAGCCGAGAUGCUUUUCAGCUAUGGGUUUGUGGAUCCGGAAGGGGGCCCAGAGAUGGUCGUUCUACCGGUCGAGGUGCCGGAGGAUGACCCGCUCGCUAGGGCAAAGGCCUAUAUCUUUGCCGAGUCUCCCACUAUCAAAAUCGCCCAGUUGGAGAGCGGGGAUGUCCGGUGGGAGUGUCCGUUCGCCCACCUCCUUGCUCUCAACGAAGAAGACGGCUUGGGGAUCCACAUUCUACAACUCACCGACGGCAGCAGGCGGAUGAGGCUGUUCUGGGAGGCCGAGGACGUCACGGAUUCAGUCAAGGAUCUCGAGGCGGUCACGACAUCGCAUGCGCACCACGCAGUCUUCCGGCUUCGGGCAGUGGUGCUGGUCCAACAACAGCUAGAGACCCAGGCGCAGCGAAUAUCGGCGCCGGCGGGGUCCGAUGACCUCCCGAACACGCACGACCCCCUGGCGGUUCGACCGACUUGUCGGGAGGCGGCGUCCCGACUAAGGGUUGCAGAGGCAAAGGUGCUACGAAGCGCUAUAGGUUGCCUCGAAUUGGAGAAGGCACACCUCCUCGAGGACGAAAGCGUGGUAGCGUACCUCGGGCCAACGGAAAUUUCCCAAAAUGACUUAGCUCCUGGCUCGGGGUCAACCGACUUCAGUUGAGCCGGGGCUAGGGUGGUACCCUUACAGAUUUCCACGUGGGCAGCCGACAGCCUAACCGCCAGAAACCCAACAGGAACAUUUGUAGCGCGGCAUGCAUUCAGGUGAGAUGUUACCAUAGGUCGAUACCGCAUACAUGGAGGCCAAGCGGUGCUCCUGGCAGUCUGCUCACGGUCUCGCCGGAUGUAAUGAAUGUAAAAGGCGAGAGAUGUCUGCACUAUUGUCUCCUGUGUGAAUCUGACCGAGAGUCGCAAUGUGGCAAAACAAGCCGAGUCACUGGAUAACUACCAGGUACAUGCCUAUCACCUGUGGCCAUGGUGGGAACACCUCGAAUACAUAUCAAAAGACGACCGU